GGUAGAAGCAGCAGAAGAGGGAAUAAGAAAGAAAGAAGAGACGGAGGGCUGAUCACAACACGCUUGUUCCGUUUUUUAACGCGUCUCCCUCAAAUUCGUAUCCUUCCUAUAUAAUCUUUGAUUAUCUACCUACGCCCUAACAAGAAAAAAGGAGACGGUUGCUCUGCUGAAUUAUCCAAUUAAUCUCUGGUACGAACUCCUCCAUUUUCAAAAUUACCCUGUUUCUCUGUGGUUGCUUGUUCUUCUUUCCUUCCUUCCAUUUUAUUGACUGUUGGCAUGCUUAGCUUCUGCGAUGUUCCCAUUUCCUGCUGAUGCUUUUGAUCCGAUCAAUCUUUCUGGGUUCCAUUGAAUUUGAUCUGCGUGACCGAUUAAAACUCUUAACAACCCCAAAACUUCGAAUUUGGGGGGAGAUGUUUCAUGUUUUCUGGUGGGUUAUGGUGGCAAUCAGGGCUUGCUUCUUCCUUUAAAGAAUGACAGUUCGAUCGAUCCUAUCUUGCUAUCUUGUGAUUCCUUGAGUUGAGGGCAUGGAAAUUGAUAUGUAUACAUGGACGCUGCCAAGUCCUAAUUGUGAAUUCUGGAAAUAUUUUUUUCUCCCACCCAUCUGGGUUCCAUACAUAGAGCCACAUACAUGUCUGUGGCUGGAACAGUUUUGCCUGAAUCUUACUGAAUUUGGUAUUCUGUUCUAGCUUUUGAACUGAAGUUGAUCCCAACACAAUGGGAGGCGGCAAAGGCAAUGAGCAUGACUCUACCGAUAAGGGCUUGUUUUCAAGCCUAGGUGCGUUUGCAGCCGGCUCACAUUACCCUCCUCAGCACGGAGGAGGGUAUCCUCCACAAGGGUACCCGCCACAGGGGUACCCUCAGUACCCUCCUCCACAUGGGUAUCCACAGCCACCCCACGGCGGAUACCCUCCCCAAGGAGGGUACCCUCCAGCAGGCUAUCCUCCCCCCGGCGGAUACCCUCCUCCUGCUCACGGUGGUUAUCCUUCCCAUGGAGGACAUGGCGGUUACCCUCCAGCUGGUUACCCUGGUCCCUCCCAUCAAUCUGGGCAUGGGGGCGGUAUGGGGGCAAUGUUGGCAGGAGGUGCGGCGGCUGCAGCAGCUGCAUACGGGGCUCAUCACAUUGCUCAUAGUUCUCAUGGAUAUGGAGGGUACGGUCAUGGAUAUGGAGGAGGGUAUGGUCAUCAUGGCAAGUUCAAGCACGGGAAGUUUGGCAAGCAUGGGAUGUUUGGAAAGCACAAGGGUGGGAAACACUUCAAGAGGUGGAAGUAAAAAAAAACAUUUCAUAUGCUUGUCCUCUGGAAGAAUUCAAACGAUUACAUUUCAUCCAUUAUUAGUAGUGACCAGUGUGGCUUACAUCUGACUGCCUUAAGUUUCAUGGUCUGUAACUUUCUUAUUGUGUCUGCGUGGGGUUUGUGGUUAUGAUUUUAGCCAGCUGUGUGUAUCAAGAUCCUGAAUGAUUGGGUUCAUAUCAGGGUUUUUUUUUUUUUUUUAUGUCUAGGGACUUGUUGUUCUCUGGCUUAAAAAACCUGAUAGUCUAAG